AUGGAACCUGCCAGAGUGAGUGUGCUGGGCAAGGACAGUGUCGUCCUGAAGUUCGGCCUCUGGAAGGAAUAUGUGGCCAAUGAUCUCCUGACCACGUUGACUUCUUCGACAUAUGUCUUGGUCACAGACACAAACCUCAGCCAUCUCUAUAUUCCUCCCUUCAGAUCCAGUUUCGAGAGAGCUUGCUCGCAGGUGGAAGUACAGCCUCGGCUACUCACAUUUGAAGUGCCACCCGGGGAGACAUCGAAGUCAAGACAAACCAAGGCCGACAUUGAAGACUGGCUGCUUAGUCAGAAGCCACCAUGUGGCCGAGAUACUGUCAUUAUCGCAUUAGGUGGAGGAGUGAUAGGGGACCUGACCGGCUUUGUGGCCGCCACAUACAUGCGAGGAGUGCGAUAUGUCCAGGUUCCGACGACAUUGCUUGCUAUGGUCGACUCGUCUAUUGGUGGGAAGACUGCAAUUGAUACAGCACUGGGAAAGAAUUUGAUUGGAGCAAUCUGGCAACCACAGCGCAUCUACAUUGAUCUCGGUUUCCUUGGGACGCUUUCACAACGAGAAUUCAUCAAUGGCAUGGCAGAGGUGAUCAAGACGGCUGCGAUAUCCGACCAAGAAGAAUUUGGGGCCUUAGAAGCCAAUGCGGAGCUUAUCACAAACACGAUCAAGUCCGACCCCAGGCAAGGUGCAUCACGGCUGGAGAGUAUCAAAGACAUCCUCCAAAGAGUGAUAUUGGCUUCUGUCAAGUUCAAGGCACACGUGGUCACAGCUGACGAACGUGAAGGCGGACUACGAAACCUUCUGAAUUUCGGUCAUUCCAUCGGCCAUGCAAUUGAAGCCUUUCUCACCCCACAAAUCCUUCAUGGAGAGUGUGUAGCAAUUGGGAUGGUCAAGGAAGCCGAGCUGGCUCGCUAUCUUGGCGUCUUGAAAGGUGUCGCUGUCGGUCGCCUUGUGAAAUGCAUAUCAGCUUAUGGGCUCCCAACGACUCUGGAGGACGAUCGGGUACGGAGACUCUCUGGUGGCAAGCACUGUUCUGUUGAGCAGUUAAUCAUGAAGAUGGGCAUUGACAAGAAGAAUGAUGGAGCCAAGAAGAAAGUCGUACUGCUCUCUGCUAUCGGACGCACGUACGAGCCAAGGGCCAGCACUGUUUCUGACGCUGAGUUGAGAGUCGCGCUGUCUCCGAGCAUUGAAGUGACCCCAGGUGUGCCCUCCUCACUAGAUGUCACAUGUGCUCCACCAGGCUCAAAGAGUAUAUCCAAUCGAGCUCUUGUGCUGGCAGCGUUAGGUAGUGGUACCUGCAGACUUAGCAACCUUCUCACUUCGGCGGACACAGAAGUGAUGAUGGCAGCGCUGAGCCAUCUCGGAGCAGCUACUUUCACGUGGGAGGAUGAAGGAGAAGUGCUAGUGGUAUCCGGUAAUGGUGGAAAUAUGCUUGCCAGUUCGACAGAUCUCUAUCUGGGAAACGCCGGAACAGCCGCGAGAUUUCUUACUACCGUUGCCACCCUUGCCCACCAGAGCGAAGUCAACAAUAGCGUCCUAACAGGUAACGCCCGGAUGAAGCAACGACCUAUUGGCGAUCUUGUGGAUGCGCUUAGAACUAAUGGUGCUGGCGUCGAAUAUCUGGAGACCAACGGCUGUCUGCCUCUUCGAAUCGCUGCUUCUGGAGGCUUCAAUGGCGGCAUCAUCAAUUUAGCAGCAAAAGUCUCAUCACAAUAUGUAUCGUCGUUGCUCAUGUGUGCGCCCUACGCAAAGAACCCAGUGACCUUGAAACUGGUGGGUGGAAAGCCUGUUUCGCAGCCCUACAUUGACAUGACCGUGGCAAUGAUGGCCUCCUUCGGUAUCAAGGUCGAGAAGUCAUCUACCGAGGAUCACACUUACCACAUCCCGCAAGGUCGAUAUGCAAAUCCUGCAGAAUAUGUCAUUGAGAGUGACGCCAGUUCUGCGACCUAUCCUCUAGCAGUUGCCGCCAUAACAGGAACCACGUGCACCGUCCCGAAUAUUGGUUCCGCUUCCUUGCAGGGCGAUGCACGUUUUGCGGUAGACGUGCUUCGACCGAUGGGAUGCAAAGUCUCUCAAACUCCGUCCUCUACCACUGUUACUGGCCCGAAAGAUGGAAACCUCACUCCGCUUACAGGUGUGGAUAUGGAACCAAUGACUGACGCUUUCCUGACAGCAUCAGUGCUCGGAGCUGUCGCGCAAGGAAAGGGUCCGAACCACACUACACGCAUCUAUGGCAUCGCAAACCAAAGAGUCAAAGAGUGUAACCGGAUCUUAGCGAUGAAGGAUGAGUUGAGCAAGUUUGGAGUCAUGUGUCAUGAGCACGAAGAUGGCAUUGAAAUUAAUGGGAUUGAUCGUGAUAAUCUGCGUCAGCCUCGAGCUGGGGUUUUCUGUUACGAUGAUCAUCGAGUGGCUAUGAGCUUCAGUGUGCUAGCAUUAGCUGCACCAAAGCCAACCUUGAUUCUCGAAAAGGAAUGCGUAGGCAAGACCUGGCCAGGUUGGUGGGACACUCUCUCACAAACUUUCAAAGUACGGCUCGAAGGAAUAGAAUUGGACGAGUCCCAGAGAAGUGCAGUCUCGACCACAGACAAGGCAUCGGCAUCCAUCUUCAUCAUUGGCAUGAGGGGAGCCGGAAAGACCACGAGCGGAAGCCGGGUGGCCACAUUUCUCGGCAGGAAAUUCAUCGAUCUCGACACAGAACUCGAAGCUACUGUUGGCAUGACUAUCCCGGAGAUGAUCAAGAGAGAGGGAUGGCCAUCCUUCCGGGAAAAGGAGCUAGCCCUCCUCAAGGCUGUGAUGGCGGACAAGACUCACGGCUAUGUCUUUGCAUGUGGCGGUGGUAUCGUGGAAAGUGCUGCAGCACGAAAGAUGUUGAUCGACUGGCAUCAGAAGAAAGGGAACGUUCUACUCGUCCAACGUGACAUCAGUAAAGUAAUGGAUUUCCUGCAGGUCGACAAAACCCGGCCAGCAUAUGUCGAAGACAUGAUGGGAGUCUGGCUUCGAAGGAAACCUUACUUCCAAGAGUGUAGCAACCUGCAAUACUACAGCCAGCACAGUCCCUCAGACACCCUGGCAUUGGCCGCAGAAGACUUCGACCGAUUUCUGCGGGUCGUGACAGGCAAGGUUGAUUACCUUGCGGCGAUGAAGCAGAAGAAGAUCUCUUACUUUGUCGCCCUCACAUUUCCAGAUCUAAGACCACAUCUUCACCUUCUCCCAGAAAUCUGCAUUGGUUCUGAUGCUGUUGAGCUGCGAGUUGACCUACUGCGCGAACCUGGCACCGAUUCCGUGAUGCCUUCCAUCGACUACGUGACAGAACAGCUAUCCCUCCUUCGAUCGGUAAUUCCCCUUCCAGUCAUCUUCACCAUCCGGACUCUAUCACAAGGUGGAAUCUUUCCUGACAACGCUCACGCUGAAGCACUUGCUCUCUACACCCUCGCAGUGCGCAUGGGGUGCGAGUUCGUCGACCUCGAAAUAGCAUGGCCCGACCACCUCCUCACCAAAGUAUCGAGCAUGAAAGGCUUCUCCAAAAUCAUCGCAUCCCACCACGACCCCACCGGAUCUCUCUCCUGGCGCGACAAGCACUACAUCCCUUUCUACCACAAAGCCAUGCAGUACGGUGACAUCGUCAAACUCGUCGGCGUUGCCCGGACUCUCGAAGACAACUUCGCGCUCCAGAAUUUCAAAUCCUGGGCCGCAGAGCUCCAAGACAUGCCCAUGAUCGCCCUCAACAUGGGCGAAAAGGGCCAACUCAGUCGGAUCCUCAACAAAUUCAUGACUCCUGUAUCCCACCCUGCUUUACCUUACAAAGCCGCUCCCGGCCAACUCUCCGCUGCAGAAAUCAACCGUGGUCUCUCGCUCAUGGGCGAACUACCCGCAAGACGCUUCUACCUCUUCGGCUCACCGAUUCAAGCAUCGCGCUCCCCAGCCCUCCAUAACGCUCUCUUCGCCAAAACCGGCCUAUCGCACACAUACAGCCUCUUCGAGACCACGGACGCGGAAUCCCUGAGACCAAUCGUUCGAAGCCCAGACUUCGGCGGCGCAUCCGUCACCAUUCCGCUGAAAUUGGAUGUCAUGCCCCUGCUAGACGAGAUUGCCGAAGAAGCACAGAUCAUCGGCGCUGUCAAUACGAUCAUCCUUGUCGAACAACCUGCCACUUCUUCGUCAUCUUCACAAGAUAAACCCGCCCCCAAAUCGAAGCUCGUAGGUCGUAACACGGACUAUCUAGGCAUGGUACAUUGUCUUCGCCGUGCCGGCGCAUUGGGUAGUUCUGGCUCCCGCACCUCCUCCACCCUCUCCGGCUCAACUUCAGGGUCAGGCACAGACUCGGCCCUGGUAGUAGGCAACGGCGGCGCCGCCCGCGCCGCAAUCUACGCGCUGCAUUCCAUGGGCUACCGCCCCAUCUACCUCCUCGGCCGCCAGGCGGAAAAAGUGCGGAAAAUGGUCGGCAUUUUCCCGAGCGGCUAUGAUCUCCGCAUCCUGGACGCCGAGUCCCACCACACCGAUUCCGACGAGGUCGAGCGAAAGCAAGAAACGAUGGGCUCAAGCAUGGGGAGUAUAGUGCCCAGAGUCGCCAUCGGCACCAUCCCCGCCGACCGACCCAUCGAUCCCGGCGUGGAGAGCGUGCUGCAGCGCAUCUUCAACAACCGCCUCACUACCCCUGAUCCCAACACACCCGGCAGCGGGGAAACGGGUAACGACGGCCGCGUCCUCCUCGAAAUGGCCUACAGACCGCGCGUCACGCCGCUAAUGCAGCUGGCGGAGAAGGCGGGCUGGAUCACGGUGCCCGGAUGGGAAGCGCUCGUGGCACAGGGCAUGUGGCAGUUCCGGUACUGGACGGGCAUCAUGCCGUUGGUGGAGCAUUGUCGGGCCGCGGUGCUGGGCGAUGAAGCAGAGGAUCCAAAGGCGCCGGCGGCGACGGGGAUGGUGAAUGGGAAGGUCUGA